AUGGAGAACGCAGUCACUAUUCCCAGUCAGGGAGGACAACAUGGACACGGUCCUUUGGCCGUGUUUACGUUGGAAAUCGAGCUGUCAACAGGCGACGGCCUGUGCGUGGCAAUAAGAGAAAGAGCCCUCUCCACUAUCGCCACAGUUUCCCUGCAAAGUUUACAAACGCGCCGCCCUUCGACGUGUCACACAACAGUCCACUGCCAGUAUGACACGAUCCAGGAUGGGUAUCAGAUAUGCGACAUGCACGAGCACCUCUUGGGUUCUGAAAUUAUCUUAACUACGUGA